AUGGUCGCGGAGACGUCGGACCUCCCUCAAUCCUUCUCUUCUCUCGCCUUGAGUAGCGGUGCGCUCAUUCGCACCGUUCAGGCCGAGAACGCGACGGGAGGCGAUGCGGAGCGAGGGAGCGGCGAGGUGUCAGGGGUGCCAGUGGAGGUGUUUUCGUCGGUGCUGAAGAUGCUGCCGUCUCUCGACGACCUCGCCGCCGCCGCGAGGGUCAAUAGGGCAUGGCGCAUCUCCGCGCUCUCCCCCUCGCAGUUGCGCGCGUGUGCGAUCGACGACGACCGCCCCACCGCGCCCUCCGCGCACAGCCGCGUGCUCGCGCACUCCCGCGCGCCUAUGCCGCCUAAACCGCCUCCUCCCGAGCUCUGGCUCAACCCCGCCGCCUUCUCCCCUUUCCUCCACUUGCGCACGCCGCAAAGCCUCCGCCGAAGGGGGAACACCAUCCGCGCCAGCCCCGUGUUAGUAUCCGCGGUGGCGAGUGAUUCCGAGGGAAGCUGCCUCCCCAGCCGCGCCAGUUGCGAGCCGCUCGGAGGCACGACGCCGGCGACGCCGGAAGCCACGGUCACCAGCAGGCAGGCGGGCGGCGCAGAGUGGCGGGAGGGGUGCGCGCAUGGCGGGGUAGGAGGGGCGUGGUCGUCACCGCGCACGCCGUCGCCAGUUGCGGCGAGGGAGGGCGAGCUGAUGGCGUUCGACGAGGAGGUCACGCGCGCCGUGACGCAUGGCAGGCGGGUUCUGCGUGCGUGUCCGCGCCUGCAGGCGCUGCGCGUGCAGCACGUGUGCAUGGGCGCAACCUUCAACGGCUCCCCGCCCCCCUUCCACAGCCUGCUCUCCCCCACCUCCCCCUACCACCUCCCCUUCUCCACCUCCCCCUCCCCCUCCCCAUCCCCCUCGCCGGAGUCCCCCAACGCGCCUCAUUGCCUUCCCCCAUUGCCUCCUCCGCUCCACGCGGCUCUCCUCCUUCUUCCCAUUGCCUAUCCUCUCCCACCGCCUCCUCCUCCACAAUGGCACCCCCCAACUCGCCCUUUCCCCAGUCCUCCUCCCCCUCUCCCUUAUUACCCGUGUCCUCCACCCUCCCGGGCGCCUCUCUGCCUCCUCGCUCCCCGCAUUCCCCCGCUAUCCCGCCUCCCCCUCCGCCCUACCCGUGCGGGUGCCUGCCCCUGUCCGCGCGUGGGCUGGCGGGCAUUGGCGCGCUGUGCCCCGCCAUCAAGGCGCUCACCCUCACACUGCAGCUUCUUCGGGCAGUCAGUGAAGGCGGACGCCCUGUGGUCCACGCACUCCUGCUUCACCCACCAGGCCAUGACAGCUCUGGCGACAGCAGGCCCGCCGCCGCUCACAGCGCUGUCGCUCAGCCCCUGUGCCCUCGAGCCCGCCUCCUUCCACACGCUCGCCUCCGCGUUUCCCGGCCUCCUGCAUCUAUUGUGCCCUCGUAGGUCAAACAUGCUCCUGCCAUCCCCCGCCCGCCGCCCUCUAUGCCCAUCCCCCUGCCAUCCCCCUCAUGUCACCCUCCGGCGGCCAUACCCAUCCCCUCAGGCGCUGGACCUGCAGGGGCUGCACAGCGAGCCCAUGCACCUCGCCCACGCCCUGCCACUCCAGGCACUGCACCAUCUCCAGGCGCUGGCGCUUGGCCCUGCCACCAUGCCUGCCCUAGGCGAUUGGGAGCUGCCUCUGAGAAGCCUGCAGCAAAAGUCGUUUGACCUUCUUAACCGUGCCUCACGGAUCCAGAGCCUUUUGGUCGAAGACCUCUUUGAGUACGAGAGGCGCCAGAAUGAGGAAGAUAUCGGGAGAAGCCUUACACGUCUCGACUCCGUUGUUGAGCAGGUGAAGAAGGAUUUGUGCGAACUUAUGGAGUCUCACUGGAAGACUAUCCGUCAAACAAGCCGUUAUUGGAAAUUGCACGAAAGUCUGAUCGCGCUGGAGGCCUCGGCGAUUCAACUCGGUGAAGCAUUGUCCGACGCGUGUUCCCGUUCGCUUUCUGAAUCCAAGCCAGGCUCGGGUUCACCCUUGACCAUGCCUCUGCCAUUAUUACCUGUAGAUGAUUGGGAUGACAUAUUGCCAUGGCAAGCAGCCUCCAUACAAUCAGCAUUCCCCACAGCUCUGGAGUCAGAUGCAGAGACAACAUUGCAACCAUACUUCUACAGCAUGAGUCCUCUCUCUUGUUCAGGCUCAUCACCAUCGCUGAGAAACCACACAGCAAGUACGGCGAUCGCGGCGGCGUUCAAGCGGAAGCGCGGUCGGCCGAGCAAGUCGGACGUGCUGGCGCGGCAGGCGCUGAUCAUGGCGGCGCACAGCGGCAUGCCCGUCACGGACCCCUCCAACAUCGACGCCAUUCUCGCCGCGCAGAACGCGUCGGCGCUCGUGCCCACGGCGACGGCGACGCGCGCGAGGAUGACCAAGUCGCAGCUGAAGGCGCGGCGGCUCAACCAGGCGGGCGGCGACGACGGCGCGGCGGUGCAGCCCGGUUGGGUGGGACAGAACGUGCAGGGCGUGCUGGACGGCACGUUCGACGCGGGUUACUUUGUAACCAUCCGCGUCGGCAACACCAACACCAUUUUGCGCGGCGUCGUGUUCGCGCCUGGCGUAGCGGCGCCCCUGCCGUGGCCGGAAGACGCGGCGCCCAGAGUGCCGAAGCUGAAACGCGACGCGUCCAUCACCCUCCCUGCUGGCCCCGCCCCUGCUGCUGAAGCUUCAGCAGCGCCAGCGGCGGCAGCGGCAGGUGGCGAUCUGGGUGGCGCACGGGCAGCAGCGCCUGCAGCAGCCUCGCAACCUGCUGCAGCAUCGUCAGCUCCAGGUGGUGCAGCAGCAGGUGACGCGCCCAAAGCAGGUGCAGCAGGGGCGGCAGGGGCAGCAGGUGCAGAUGCUGUUCCUGCAGAAACAAAAUCGGUAACAGAGAGAGCGGCACCAGGCGCAGACGCAGGGGCGGCAGGGGCAUCACAUGCAGCAGGGGGGGUUGGGGCAGCAGAGGGUGAGCAGGAGGGGAAGGACGAUGGUGGGUCGAUGUGGGAGGUGGUGAUCUGA